AGAAAAAGAACAAAAUAAGACGCUUCCAGUGCAAGCUCACACCACCCGCACUAUGCAUCACUCAAUAGUGAUAACAGGUGUACAGUACCUGAUACCAAAGUGCACAACUUGUUGCACAAUGUAUCACUGCCCCUUGUGCCCUUCACUGAAGCCAAUGUCGCAAAAGAAAGUUCAGUUUCACUGGGAAGUCCAUUUAAAAAACGCCAUCGUUUUCCAAGAUAAAAGGAUAUGCAAGUGUCAUCUGCAUUGCAGAUCGGAUUCUCAUUUCCACUGCCCCUGUUGCAGCAAAACCGUUCUUAGACGACAUGCAAUGCAGACUCACCUGCAGCUGUGCUUAACGGCACAACAAAAACCUCCACAUCUUUCAAACCCAGUGUUUGCAAAGCCAUCGAAUACACCAGCUCCACAAUCCUCCCCAUCUACAACAGCUCUGGCUCCAUGCACUUCUACACCAGAGACGUCGUCAGGAUCUGCUCCAUGCAUUUCUAUAGCAUCUGUAUCUGCUCCGUGCACUUCUACACCAGAGAUAGCUUCCGUAUCUUCUCCGUGCAUUUCUAUAGCGUCUGUAUCGGCUCUGUGCACUUCUGCACCAGAGACAUCAUCUGCAUCUGCUCCAUGCACAUCCACUCCCGAAUUGUGCGAUUCAACGCCUUCAGAGUUUCCAUUGGAUUCUGUCGUGGAUCGUAAAAGGACUACAUGCCCGCACUGUUCAGCGGUGAUGCUAAAGAAGAACCUGAACAUACACAUUCAAAGGAAACACACCGAUCACAAUCAAGAUGUCCCGAUGCAGUCGAAUUUGUACGGUGUGUGCAUUGACAUGUUCAAUGGAGUGUAUGCUGUCCAAAAGAGCGGCAAUGGUUUUUCUGUGCCGGUGCAUGUUCAGAGGAAAACGUGGGGCAAAGAAUACCAAUUGAAAUGCGAUUUGCAGGAGUGCUGGGAAAACCAGCAGCUCGCUUCAAGUAGCGAACAGCACACAUUUAGUUUAUGUGAACACCUGAGCUCUCUCGACUAUUGUUGCGAGACUGUGUUUGAGGAGCUAUUAGAUCCCAGUGUUUUAGAUGAGAUGGUUAGGCUCAAAUUUUUUGGAGAAACCAAGAAAGCGGUGUGUUUGAGGAGACAGAAAGUGGCGCAGACCGCACACGUCCCUUUUUCUGUCUUGGUCACAUUCGGCGACUCUCAAAAGCGCUUCACUCUGUCAAUAUACGAACCUGUGGUGAAUCAAUUCAGCCGGCUUGGCAGAGUAAUGGUUACUUACCAUUCAACUACUAGAACUUGGGACUGCCCCUGUGCCAAGCCCCGGAUGUCCUGUCCUCAUAAAAACAUCGCCAAAUGGCACUUGUUUCAGACAAAUAUAGAGCUAUUCACGUCGCAAAUACCGUCGGAUGAGGCCUUAGUCAAGCAAAUCCCAGAAGAUCUCAACUGUGCUAUUCAGUUUGACCUGCACCGCACUGUGGAGUACGUUUAUUCCAUGAAGAAAAUCCCAUUGGCUUUACAAGAUGGAGCACAUCCGAAAUCAGCAUCUGAUUUUCCAUCGAGUUUGUGUCCUGUGGAGAGCUGCUGUGUGAUGUGUGAUGACAAUACAACACUUGAAUUGCCCAUGUUAACCACAAGAAACGCUCAAAUUGUCACAAUGGCUGGUGUCAUUAACGAUGUUUCAACUUACACCCGAAGGUGCCCAGGAUGUCAAAUGAUCUACAGAUACCAAGAAUGGUGCGAUGGGCUCCACAAUUUCAAUAACAACAUUAUUCUGAGUCUUGAACUUUGUCUGUUUCUUAGACACAGUUUACAGAGUCACGUGUGUCUCUCCAGGGUCAUCGAUACUUUAGAGAGCCUUCGGGGAGAGACAUACCCAGAUCGAGACACUGUACUGCAAGCUUACUGUCACUUUGAGGCCUUGGCAGAGAUCGAUUACACCUAUUCUUGUGUUAAUUGUGGUGACCACCCUCCUGUGGUAAUCUUGGAUUUGCUUAAGAAUGGUGUUUUCAGCACAUCAGCGAGUGACCUCAAAGAGCCGCCAUCAGAAUUCAAAGGGGAAGUUAAUAUUGAGGACUUCUGGCAGUCAGUGGAUCAGGAGAUGAUUGCAUGUGGCUUCGUUUCCAGCAGAGCACAAAAUCCAUUUGUUGUGGAGCCAAGUUAUGAAAACUGGGCUCCAUGGAUUGGGGAAAAAACAAGAAAGGGAAGCACAGUACUCAAUACAGAGUAUGAGAAAAUCACAUCACCGGAAAAUCAGGCUUUCAGUGUGUCUGAGGAUCGACUUGUGGAAGAGUUGAUGAAACAGGAGGUUAAUGAUGUCAGAAAGCUGUGCAAGGCCUGUAAUGUGGACUCCAACGGAUCCCACCUCGACAUGAUAUUACAAUUGAGAGCAGAGAUGCAAAACAAGCAGGCGUACGAGAAAAUCUUCCAGAAAAUCUGCGGGUCCUCAGGUGGUUGCUCUGUGGUCAUGUGUCCUCAUGGUGUGGUCUACAGCUUGAAGUUUAAUCUAAAUUUAGAGAGUUCAAGGGAUUUUGUGGACCUGCUUUUUUCAUGGCAACAUUUACCAAACGUGACCAUAUGUGACUCUCCUGGAGAUUUAGCCACACAUGCCAAUAUACGCACACCUUCAUUUCAUCCGCAUGAAGGCAGACUGGCAGACGCAACACUGGAGAAUAUCAACAAAGCAAAUCAGGAAACACUCAGGGUAUCUCUACCCUGGUUGCUGGAGAAGACUGAUAAUCUGACCUCCAAUGCUCAUCCGGUCACUGGAUCCUCAGAACACUACGUUUUGUCUGAUAAAUUGGAUGAAACCGACAUUAAAGACCCAAAGGACGUGCUCAGAAAUGUCCGAUUGGUGCCAGAGCUGCAGGAUUGGCUGAACAGACAAGCUGCUGAGCAAUUUGUCGCCGAAUUAAAAGAAAAUGACUACUUCAUCAAUCAUAUGACUCCAUCCACACACAUGUUCAUGAUGAGAAACAUUAUACAUUACAGAAAUGUAGCCGCAAACCAGCUCCUAUUGAGAGGCCCUUUAUAACCUUCUGAAGUGUGUUAAUGACACGUUUCUCUAACCUGUAAUAUAGUUUUCUAUGAGGUUUGUAUAUAAUAUUCUGUGGAAGAGACUUUUGUUUAUUGUUUUUUUAUUAGAAAUUUCAUCUUUAAGACUAAUAAUGUCUUGAAACUGAGCUUUUCAGAAACUCU